AUGCAGCUUGGACUGCUUGUGGUGGUGGUUUUUCUGAGCUCGAUGGAUCUAACAGGCAGCAGCAAAGUGGUGAAGGGCAAGAGGCAAAGACGAAUCAGCACCGAGCUGAGUCAGGGCUGUGCCAGAGGCUGUGACCUGUGCUCUGAGUUCAACGGGUGCCUGAGGUGCUCCCCCAAACUCUUCAUCCUCCUGGAGCGCAACGAUAUCCGACAGAUUGGGAUCUGCCUGCCUUCUUGUCCACUGGGAUACUUCGGCCUUCGCAAUACAGACAUGAACAAGUGCAUCAAAUGCAAAAUUGAGAACUGUGAGUCCUGUUUCAGUCGAAACUUUUGCACAAAAUGUAAGGAAGGUUUGUAUUUGCACAAAGGGAGAUGUUACGUCACAUGCCCUGAAGGCUACGCUGCUGCCAACGGCACCAUGGAGUGCAGCAGUCCUGCACAAUGUGAAAUGAGCGAGUGGGGGCCGUGGGGGCCCUGCUCCAAGAAAAGGAAGCUCUGUGGCUUCAAGAAGGGCAAUGAAGACCGAACAAGGCGGAUUCUGCAGGCUCCCUCUGGGGAUGUGUCUCUGUGUCCUGCAACCACGGAGGUGCGGCGCUGCACGGUGCAGAAGAACCAGUGCCCCGAAGGGAAAAGGAAGAAAAAGGAAGAGCAAGGAAAGCAAGACAAUGGGAAUAGAAAUCGGAAAGACACCAAAGACACUAAGUCUGGCACCAAGAAGAGGAAGAACAGACAGAGAGGGGCCACGGUGCCCGCGACGCCCGCUAGCCCUGCCCAGUAG